AUGGCCAUGUAUUGGGACCCCGUCCACAAGAAGAUGCGAACAGUUGUGCAUUUACCUCCAGGCCAAAAGAUGCCGAGUUUGGAAACAUUUGCGUUGAAGGCAAUUAGCGAGAAUUCCCAACAAAUAUCGCCCGCAAUCCACACUGAUCGAGGUGGUAGCACUCAGCCUGCGCUCGUCUCGCCAGUCGAAGCUGGGCAGGCUGCCGCAAGCUCUAUCUAUGAUUUUCCAGGCGAGGAAGAAGGUACUAUCAUUGUGCGGGACUCGCCUCGGCGCGUAGAUCAUGCAUCGCCAAUCUCUCCACAAAGAACAGUAUCCGAAGUCACCAUCGACGAAGACGCCUUGUGCCAGACACUAGAGAUCCAAGCCGAGCAGCCUGAUGAUCUAUGGUGCUAUCGAGACGGACGGUCAGAUCAAGCAAUCCUCCGUUGUGCCCAGGCCUGGUGGCGUCAAAAAGUCGAGUGGACGGGAGAAGAGUUGGAGGCAGGCCUCAUUCACAGGAACCAACGUAUCGCCUGGGGUUUCAGUGAAAAGACGCCUUCCAAUGCAGAAGCAGAUCAUGAUUCGUCGGGUCCUCCAUCUCUUGGAUAG